AUGGCCCAGGACAACGCCGCCUUCUGUGGGGUCCCCGAGGGGGUCCCCGAGGGGGUCCCCGGGGAGGGGAAGCCCCCCCCAGCGCCCCCCCGGCGGCGGGGGGCCGGUGUCCGCAAGCGUCAGCGUUACGUGGAGAAGGACGGGAAGUGCAACGUGCAGCACGGGAACGUGCGGGAGACGUACCGGUACCUGACCGACAUCUUCACCACCUUGGUGGACCUCGAGUGGCGCUUCAGCCUCUUGGUCUUCAUCCUGGCCUAUGCCGUCACCUGGCUCUUCUUCGGCCUCAUCUGGUGGUUCAUCGCCUACUGCCGGGGGGACCUGGACCACCUGGAGGACCACGCCUGGACCCCCUGCGUCAACAACCUCAACGGCUUCGUCUCCGCCUUCCUCUUCUCCAUCGAAACCGAGACCACCAUCGGCUACGGCCACCGCGUCAUCACCGACAAAUGUCCCGAGGGCAUCGUGCUGCUGCUGCUCCAGGCCAUCCUGGGCUCCAUGGUCAACGCCUUCAUGGUGGGCUGCAUGUUCGUGAAGAUCUCCCAACCCAACAAGAGGGCCGAGACCUUGGUCUUCUCCUCCCACGCCGUGGUGUCCCUGCGGGACGAUCGGCUCUGCCUGAUGUUCCGCGUGGGCGACCUGCGGGACUCGCACAUCGUGGAGGCCUCCAUCCGUGCCAAGCUCAUCAAGUCCAAGCAGACGCAGGAAGGAGAGUUCAUCCCCCUGGACCAGACCGACCUCAGCGUGGGCUUCGAGACGGGUGACGACCGCCUCUUCCUCGUCUCACCCCUCAUCAUCAGCCACGAGAUCGACGAGCGCAGCCCCUUCUGGGACGUCUCGCGGCACCAGCUGGAGAAGGACGACUUUGAGAUCGUCGUCAUCCUCGAGGGAAUGGUGGAGGCCACAGGGAUGACGUGCCAGGCCCGGAGCUCCUACCUGGCAGACGAAGUGCUGUGGGGCCACCGCUUCGCCCCCCUGCUCAGCCUUGAGGAGGGAUUCUACGAGGUGGACUACGGGGGCUUCCACCAGACCCUGCCCGUGCCCACCCCGGCCACCAGCGCACGCCAGUUGGCCACCGCCGCCGCCCGCCGCCAAGCCCACCUCUACUGGUCCAUCCCCAGCCUGGACCAGGAGGCAGCGGCAGGGGGGGAAGGACAGGACCCCCCCGGUAGCCCCCAGGAGAGUAAUGGCAGCUUGGCCAGCCCCGAGGCGCGGUGA